CUCUGACCUGGAAGGACGGAACACGAUGAUCACUCGAAUACACUGAACAACUGAUUUGCAUCUCUGUUUCUACAAACGUAUCUACAGGUCUAUUAUACGUGCGCGCAGGGUCCCGGAUGUUCGGUGAAUCAGACUCAGAGAGCCCACGAGUGCCUUCCCCAUGGGACACACUCACUUCCGUACCUCCAACACCUACACACAACGAAAUCCUUCGACGAGGAAUACCACAGCUAGUUCCAGAAAACGAAGAGGGUAAUGUAGAGUACAAACUUCAUCUCCUUUCCCCUUCCCCGUCUCGCUUCACCCGCCUUGUCACACAACUCAAAUGGCGCCUUCUGGAAGGCGGUGGACAGGCGUACUAUGAGCUUGGUGUUGCCGACUCUGGCGUACUCAUAGGGCUGGGAAGGCGGGAGAUGGAAGAGACAUUGGGCACCCUGGAAGAGAUGGCUGGCGAGAUUGGCGCCAGCGUGAUAGUGGUAAAGGAGAUCGAGGUGCCGGCGGAAGUGAGUGGAGUUGUCGAAGACUGGGGUGGGGAUGGCAAACGAAGGAGACGGAGACGAUUAAUGAACGAGGAUUCAGAGACAACAACGACUACGGAGACGGAGCUGGAGACUACAGAUGCGGACGAUGACCUUCCAACAAGAAGCAGCCAGGUUGAAGUGUUCUGUAUGGACGAUGACGAAGGUGACUUGUCGUCAGACGGUGCAGCGUUUACCCUGGACCUCGAAAUUUCGGCCGUUUAUAAGCCUCGCCCAUUCCGCCGCCGUGUUGCGAGCACCGUGCAAGGCAUUUCUGAUAGGCGCAAAGGCAAGGGGAAGAAACCCAGACAUCUGCUUGCGCAUACCCGCGCCCAAUCUAAUACACAUUCCGAGCACCAUACGCAUCACUCGCAUCACCUCAAUGUUCACAACCGUACAGACUUUGCACACUCAAUUGAGCCCAAAUCCCACUCAAUGUCUAACAACAAGCAGUCCAAGCGCCGCGCAGCCAGAGACAAGCGACGUGAAAUCAAGCGCGAUCCCCUUGUCAUGCAUGUUCCAACCAUUAAUGCCGAAGAAAUGGGCGAGCUGGUUUCUGGCCUGGAAUCUUUUCAUGUUACACUUGAGCCUGAAGAUCUGCGCGCAGCGCCCGCGCCUCCAGAAGUCGAGAUCUCUGUGCAUCAUGAUGCGCACCUCGAAGACCCCCGAAUUUUUGAAGUUUGUUCAGGGUCACCCUCUUCUAUUUUUGCGGAAACAUAUUGCCAGCCCCAGCCCCUUGCAAACGAAUUGGUCUCCUCAACUGAUAUCACCCCCCCAAUGCUCAAAUCUCCUUCUGCCGAAAUUGAGACGACCAUGUUGGAGCCUCGGCUUAUCGUCGAGGCGCUUGUUGUUCGAAAAAUGUCACUGGAGGAGGCAUUCUUGGACUUUGGAGGGUUCUCAGUGUGUUGACACACGUCUAUUGGCGUGUAGCUCUAUCCCUAUUUAUGGUACGAUUACGCACUGGGACUUAUACCUUGUAUUGCAGUUGUAUUGUUAUUCAUGACCGAUGCAAUAGAGCACGGUCCUUCCAUAUGUCAAUAAGCAAUGUGACGGGUGAAAGCAACCAGAGUCUA